CAAGCUCGGACCUUAUAAAACGUCCAUCCCAAAUCCUGGAAUAAUGAAAUCAGACAUCAUGUGGAUUUAUCAAGCUCUUCUGUGUGUCUUACUGUCCGUGGAAAUUGAGUGCAGGAAACAGACGUUGCAGAGGUAUCAGAAAAGUGAAAACACCAGGCUGCUGUGUACAGACUGUACAGACUCUCCACGAAUCAGAAACCUGUCGUUGGAUGACUGUGCACACAAAUGCAAUAAGAACAAGAAGUCCUGCAGGGCAUUCUACUUGGACCACAUAAACAGGAAAUGCCACAUGCUUCCCUUCGACCGUUUCUCUGAAGGUGCGCAGAGAGAACGAAAAACCAAUUGCGACCUUUACGAGAAGAAAGACUAUGUGAGGGAAUGCAUCAUUGGGUCAGGUGUCAACUAUAAGGGGAGACGAUCGUUCACGAAGACUGGAAUUACCUGUCAAGCCUGGAAUAUGUCCGUCCCACAUGAGCACAAUUUCAAGCCUGCUAGACACAAAAGGUUUGACCUGCGUCAGAAUUUCUGCAGAAACCCGGAUAAUGAUCCGAGUGGUCCCUGGUGCUUCACUGAACUCACUGAAACUCGCCAUCAGGAAUGUGGGCUGCCCCAGUGUUCAGAAGUGGUGUGUAUGAGGUGUAACGGAGAAACAUACAGAGGACCCGUGGAUCACACAGAGAGUGGAAAAGAGUGCCAGAGAUGGGACUCACAGAAACCUCAUAAACACACCUACCAGCCUCACAGGCAUAUUGAUAAAGGCCUGGAUGACAACUACUGCCGUAAUCCCAAUAAUGACAUACGUCCGUGGUGUUAUACGAUGGACAAAAACACUCCUUGGGAGUACUGUAACAUCAGUGUGUGUGACUCAGAUAAUGACAUAGAAGUGGAUGUUACCACCUCUUGUUUUCGGGGUCAGGGAGAGGGGUACAGGGGUACAUUCAAUUUGACCCCUGCAGGUGUGACCUGUCAGCGCUGGGAUGCCCUGUUUCCCCAUAAUCAUUCUUACACUCCGCACAACUAUAAAUGCAAGGAUCUAAGGGAAAACUUUUGCAGAAACCCAGAUGACUCUGAAAUUCCCUGGUGCUUCACCACAGACCCAAAAGUACGCAAAGCUUUCUGUACUAACAUCCCCAGGUGUGAGUCAGAAAUCUCUGACAGCACAGAGUGUUAUGAAGACAACGGCGAGAGUUAUCGUGGUAAUUUAUCAAAAACGAGAUCUAGUAUUCAAUGUGGACUGUGGUCUGACCACACUUUCAGGAGAGACACGCGGUCAGCGGAGGCCAGUGCAGGCUUAGAGUUGAACUUGUGCAGAAAUCCUGACCGAGAUAAGCAUGGGCCAUGGUGCUACACAUCUAACUCCUCCAUUCCCUGGGACUAUUGUGGACUAGAGCGCUGUAAAUCGACGUCCUUUGAUGACCAUCAGAAGACAGGUGGAGGACCAAAACCAUCCUGUUUCGUACACAAAACCACGCGGAUUGUUGGAGGGAUGCGGGUACAGCGGGCGGAGGAUGGGAGCUGGGUCGUCAGCAUUCAAAAAGGGAACAGUCACUGGUGUGGUGGCUCUCUUAUCCGUGAGGAAUGGGUUCUUACUGAUCAACAGUGCUUCUCCACCUGUGUUCCUGACCUCUCGGAGUACACCGUGCAGGUGGGACUUCUCCAUCUCAAUGCCUCCACCAGCACACAGGGUCUCCGGAUCGCACAUGUGGUAUGUGGACCCGAGGGAUCAAACUUGGCCCUACUCAAACUAACAACGCCUGCCCCUCUCUCUGAGCAUGUGCGAACUGUGCAGCUUCCUGUGGCAGGGUGUGCUGUUGCUGAAGGCACCUACUGCCUCAUGUACGGCUGGGGAGACACUAAAGGCACUGGUCACGAGGGCAGCCUAAAGAUGGUGGGACUUCCAAUUGUCAGUAACAAGAGGUGUUCUCUAAGCCACAAGGGCUUUCUGCCAAUCUCUGAGACUAAAAUAUGUGCUGGAGGCAAGAGAGACCACGGUGUUUGUGAAAAAGACUACGGCGGCCCGUUGGUGUGCCAGGAAAGAGAGAGCAAGGUCAUUGUGGGGGUCAGCAUCAACGGCCGUGGGUGUGCCGUAGCCAGACGCCCUGCCGUAUUUGUCAAUGUGGCCUUCUACUCCGAAUGGAUCCACAAAGUCUUUAAAUACUAUUCAGACAUGGAGAUAAAUUACUAGAACCUUCCUGACUGUUCCUCACCUAUGAUGUGAAUAGAACUCACGGCACAUGAUGUUGUUUUUGUACGAUUUGUAUACAAACGGCACAAACGACUCUGAGGCCAAAUUUGUGUUUUUCUUCAGAUUAAAUUAAAACCACUGGUACGGAAAAGGUGCAAGACAUAAAUAACUGAGGUCCUCAACUGGAAAGACAGGUCAGACAUCAGACAUGUAUUUUUUUAAACCAAUAAGUGGCUAGUGAGUACUUAAUAAUCCCAGACAGAUGGAUAAAUGAAAUAAAAUACAAGAAAAUCAUUUAGGAGAAACUGUGGCGUUCGUCCAUAUGAAGAUAUUUGUCUCAGACCAGAGCAGAUGUGUUCUAGAUGUCACUCCCUGGAUGACGAUGACCUGAAGUUUUCCAACAGGAUGGAGCCUUGGUUUUUACUCUGAGAGUUUUCAGAUCACUGGGGUGAAGACAGAGAUAUUUUUUAUUAAUUUUUACUUGUUCAGAGUUGAGUUGAACCUGCAUCUUGUCUUCCUCAGAGUACAUCAUUCUGAAAUGUGAAUUAUGCUUUCCAAAACACCAUUUUCAACAUCAGCCACUUCACAAAUCAGAUUUGGAACUGUGACCUGCACCGUGGUUAGCAUACAUGACAAAACAGAAUGUUAUCACAGCGGCUUGAAUGCAUUUCCAAGGAUUCCAUAACAUUCUAAUGUUUCGCGCCUUGCCUUAUUCCAGUUUGGAGCGUUUGGUGGCCCCUUUGGGGCUGUGUUUGUUUUUAAAGGACCUGUUUUUACUACACUCCAAAGAGUGUGCUAAUAUCACUCUGUAUGUCUGUAGGUCUUAUAGAUCUGAAAUUACAAGCAUCUGAAGGUCUUUCUCUUCUCAUGGUGUAAUAUAUCUGUUGAAAUUUUACAAGCAGUUCGCCAAGUAUUUAUUUAUAACUUUUAUAGAGCGACCAAAGUCACGGCAUUUCAUCUUCCCAAAGUGUUUUUUGUGUUUAAUCUGGCAUGUGGCUUUUAAACAUAACAUUUGUUAAAAAAACAAAAGGACUAUAUGUCUUUUAAGGAAAAUAUUGUUUAUGUGCCAUAACAGAGUGUUCUGACUACAAGAUGGCUCCCCAAAGGUCUAUAAGCAGCACAUGUGUGUAGUCCAAGUGGACGGUCUUUAGCCUCAUGGAUCUAAGAGUGUAAAGUCACUUAAUCAAACUGCAGUACUAAAUAGAGUAAAGCAGUCAAGAUCAGCUUUCAGUAGGCAGGGAAUAUUAUCACUAAUGUUUAUGACCUUUUAAGUGCGUUUUCUAGAUGAUAAUGUAUUAUAUUGUAAAUAUUAUGUUCGCUAUGUAUAUAAGGUGCCUCUGUUUCAUACCAAGUGACAUUUUGUAUUUCAAUUUGAUACUUUAUAGUUUGUCCUUUUAAAUGAAUGUUCUCUUU